GCACGCCGGUCAGGAAACCGCAAAUGUUUCGGUGUUUCUUCUGGGAAAAAAUAAAAUAAUAGUCGGUUCUCUGUAAGAGAAUACUUUCAAGUACCAACUACAAGUUCCUUCCAGCUGGUAUUGUGUCGUGACAGGUUUUGAGUUGGUUAUAGAGGGCACAGCUCCAACGUGAUCAGCCCAGAAGCCGGCCGGGGCGGAAUCGGGGUUGCAAGAAUCAUAUGUCCGAAAUGUCUUCGAAGAUGAACUUUACGAUUAAUAUGGUGAAUGGUUGCGGCCCCCUUAGACACGGGGCAAGGACAGCAGCACAAAAGCGCACUACCGCAGAGUGAAGAAGUUUUGCACCUCCGCUUCACCGCCCGUCCGGAAUUAUGAGCGCUGGGAUACAAUGCGACGUACACAUUUGACACUGAUGGCAUGUACUUGUUGGCUUCAUCGGCGCACCGGAGAAUGAUACAAACUAAUCUCUCGCCAAUCUAGUUUCACUAUGCACCAGGAAAGAACUCGGAUCUUUCUAGACUUUCCGGCAAUCUGCUUUGUUGAAUCGUCUCCUUAAAGUUUUGUAGUAUAGAAGUUCUGGGCUUGAUUCCACUUGAGUAAGCAUUUAGUAUUUCUAAAGCAAGGGACGACUUCACCAAAUGAAGAAAGGUGCUACCCAUGCUCCGUUGCAUUGCACACUGUCUGCAGGCCCAUUUGGAGACUUCUACGACGUUUACAACAUGUGCAUGGCCGAGGAUCAUAGCAAGGAAUUUGUUGUUCAGUUUUUGAGAGCGAAACCAAGCAGCAAUGUCAACAUGGCUGUGACGUUUGUGAAAGGGCUGUCAGAGAGAUAUAACCGGCAGCGUUGUGUUCGAUGGCGGCAAGUAUUCCCGCUACUACGCAAAUGGUAUUCUAUACCAAUGUAUAGUUGAGGACGAGAGAUUCGAAAUUGGAAUGAAGAUCGACUUCACUUGGGGCUAAAUGACUUCUUGGGGCUAGAGCCAAAGGUGGUAAAAUGCAAAGGCUUGUGAUGAUGCAUGAAGCUAAUUUCUCCAAAACUUUUCACUUGAAUACGCCAGCUGCCUGUUCUAGGUGAUGUCGUAUCUGCAAGUCCUCUUGAAGGAUUGUUGAGUAUGCUGGAUACAAGCUUAUUUGGAAAUGAGGAUACCGAGUCAAUCCUGGAGGAGAGGGAUUGCGGUUUUAAAAGUUCGGUACACGCAUUAAAUCUUUUGGCGUGCGAUGCAGAUGACAAAUCCCGGGACUUUUUCAAACUUACAAUUUCAGGUUGGAGGCAUCGGAAUAAGCCAGAGCCACAGGCAAGCACGGAAGUGGCUCCCCUGCAAGAAUCUAUCAGCAAGUCUUUGAUGGAGUCUACGGUGGAGGAAGACACUUGUCCUCCUCAGCAAGCAACAGGACAACCCUCAACAGGAAAAGAUUGUGAUCCCUCCCAGCAACAACCCCAGGAGAAGGAAAUAAGGUUUUCCGAUCAUCCGGAACAUGAGCUUGUCCUAACCCCCGAGAACUACUUCAAGGACAUCUAUGACGCAAUUUGUGAUGCGUGCAAUAUGUCUGUUCGAGAUGCUAAGUGGACGUACAGAUGUCCAACGACGGAUAUAGCUGCAAUUAUUUUGUUCACGCCGCUUGUGCGAAAUUACCACGGACGUUCCAACACCCGAGCCACCCAAAGCACACUGUCGAGCUCCGCAAGCUCUCAUAUUUGGAACUUAAGAUUUGUGAUGUUUGCAAGGGGAGCAUCUGCCGGUUUCUCCGCUACCAUUGUGCACAGUGCGACUUUGAUGCGCAUUUGGCAUCAAUCCAGGGCGAAGUCGGGCAAGAGGAUUCGAAUCCUCCUGAACAAGCAUCAAAAGACGAGACCCAGAGGAGGAGCAAGGAGAGUGGGAUCCAUCUCAGCACAUGGGUAAGUCUCUGGAGCAAUAUUUGGCAUACCUGGAACAGAAAAAUCAACAACAAGCACAGUUGCAUGCAUUUCAACUCAAUACAGCCAGACAGAGCGCUGCGUUCAUGGUGAACUCUGGCCGAGCUCUGGCUAAUUUAGCUCCAGGCCCUAAGAUUUGCUUCAGGGGCUGUUGGACAGGUUGUUGCACUUGUUGAUACCGGUACAUCACAACAUUGACCAUGCUUCUCAGCGGCACCACUAAGCAUGAAUUAGAGUACACCUGGGUUAACUCAGAUCUAUAUUCCACUUGUCUCGGUAGUUAUGGCUGGGCCCUCCGGUUGGAGCGUUGCAACAUCGUUGAAGUAGCAUGCCUGCUUAGUAAUUUGUAGAGUGCAAGGAAGUAUCAUGAUCCUUCAACAACUGAAUAUUGAGUAGCUGAAAUCCUGUGAAAUGUGACAAGAUAAUCUCAUUCUGUUUCUGGUAUAGAUGAUAUUGAUUACUCAAUAAUACCAGAAACAGAAUAUGUACUUGACAUUUAUAUGCAUAUUGUUCGUCCCAGCUCUCAAAGGUUGA